AUGGCGCCUAACGCUACCGCGCCCGUCUGGCCUGUCGCCUACCAGCUGCACCAGGAUGAUCAAGGCCGCAACAUCGCCUGGCUCACGCGCGCUGACAGCCCAGAGUCGCCCGAUUCACCUCUCACGCCCGUCUCGCCUCCCUCACCCGAGAGCAUGGCCUCUCCCGCAGCCGGCCAGGCUGGCCAGACCUCGGGCAGCCAGAACGGUGAUCGCCCGGCCAUCCCUCACCCUGGCCGUGUCAUUCUGAGCCGCCGCUACGUCGCCGAGGAGUACAUUGAUCGCGCCCUGCUGCUGGGCUGGACCGAUCCCGCCAAGGAGAUCAGCCGACGAUUCGAGGGUGUCGACCUCAUCUACUCGCUUGUCAUCGAGUUUGGAAUCCCGGACAAGACCUAUGAUGCCGCAUGCAUCUUCUUUCACAGAAUUCGCCUGAUUCAUGGUGAUAAGGACUUCUUGACUCAGGACAUCGCGAUUGCCUGUCUGUUUGUUGCAUGCAAGAGUGAGGACACGCUCAAGAAGUCACGCGAGCUCCUUUGCGCUGCCUACAACAUGCGCAUGCCCAACGACAUCCGCACUCCCGAUGAUAAGAUCUUCGACAAGCCUUCCCAGAACAUCAUCGCCCUUGAGCGCCUGGUCCUUGAGGCCAUUGCCUUUGACUUCCGCGUCCACUACUCGCAGGAGGCCAUUGUCAAGCUCCUCAAGAAGAUUCUGACACAGGAAGAGGCUGAUUACAUCUGGGACAUCGCCUACGACAUGUCUCAUGACCUCUACAAGACCUACAUGCCCAUCAAGGUCACCAAGUACGGCAUAGGCUUCGCCGUCGUCGAGCUGGCCUCGCGCCUGACCGGCGAGCACACCGAGAAGGUCAAGUCCCUCAGCCUCAAGGAGUUUAGUGUCCCUCGUAUGAGAGUUCGCCAGGGCUUGCUCGAUCUUCUCAACCUCUACACCCAGCAUCCUAAGCAGACCAAGGUUGGCCGUCGUUUUGAUCUUGACAAGUUCAUUCAGAUCAAGAUCGAGGUCAACAAGGAGAUCGAGGAGGCAGGCCCUAACGCCCUGCCCAAGAGUCCCUGGGUCCUUCCCACAAACGAGGACCUGCACUCGAUCCCCACCACCGGCUACGGCCAGGUCACUAACCGCUUCGUCUUCGACACCGACGAGGCUUAUCGUGAGCAGGGCAUCGUUCAGCAGCACUUCAACGACGAGUAUGAGGAAGUUGAGAUCGAGGUCGAGGAGGAGAUUGGCGAGCUUUCUCAUCCCCCCGACCGCCCCCACGACCGCCGAGACCACGGCGGACGAGGUGGUUAUCGUGGUGGUCGAGGUGGUCGAGGCCACCGUGGCGGUCAUGGUCGACACGGCCGCGAUGACUGGGGCGGUCACCGCAACGACCACCGCCGACGCGGUGCGCCGUACUAG